AUGCUGGCACAUGUCGAGAUUCUCAGGCCAAGGAUGGCCGAAGUAUCGGGAGGGGCCACGGCUGUGCUUGCCGCCGGAAGGGUGGAUGUCUUUGUUGUUAACACUGUCAAUCGCCUUGACCCGGCCGUGUUGGCGAGUAAGGAGGUUUCGACGUCCAGCAUUUCUCCUGGAGUGUCAGAUACGACGCCAAGCUCUCCAGCAGCACGCCAACGAAGCCAGCAGUCGACUCCAGGCGUCGGGCCACAAAGCCAUUCCACAGCACCUGUCCUGAGUGGUGGCUUCACUGGCAAUGCGACCGUCCCAUGCUCAUCUCGGUCGCCAGCAGAACAAAACGCGUCGCCAUACUCCAUGCAGAGACCACCACUGAUGCCGGCCUACUCCAACACCCAGCCUUCGACUCUUUCACCUCAGUCACCUACACCAGGCUAUCGACCGAUGACGGGCCCAAACGGUUCGCGACCGAAAGACAACCUUUGUCGACCAAUAUACAUGCGCAUCGGGAAAAGACAAGAAAAGACCUCGCGUGAUCGAAGGCCUUGGAAGGAGUACCCAGUGGACGACAAGGACAACGCGAAGCCCAGUAAUGAGACUCACAGUCCAGGAUGUAUUCGCAGCAACGUCGCGAACACGGUUCCAACUUCCAGCAGCCGCGAUGCUACUCCUUCGAUCAAUAGUUCUCUCGCAGUUUACACGAUGAUCGCCUUGGAGUACGAACGAAAAGCUUUUUACGUCGCUCGAAUGACCGAUCGACCACAUGCCCGCACGUCGACUCCUUAUAAUCCGGUCGUGGAAGCAUGCCAUGUAUCCGAGGCGCUGGACCAUGGAGAGGGAAUAGCGAGAUUCGAAUGCCAAACUGUCGGUGCCACCGAGAAACAAGCAUAG